ACCCUUAGGGGUUCUCGAGCUCGAGGGCAGCUGUCUAACUCCCUCACCAGGGCCACCCUUCCCUCGUCAGGCCACAGAUACACUAUACACAGACUUUUGAGUAUAACAGGUGUCUGCUUACCUUAUAUUAUGGCCGGCCUCUGUAGCCUUUCCGAGAGAGUGGUCCUGGUUCCGGAUGCAGAUCACGCUGUCCCUUUAUCGAGCCCCACGUUGGGCGCCAUUAAAUAUGUCGGAACUUAGAAACCUCCUCCAAGCUGACAUAUCACAAGGGUGAUUUAUACUUAUAUCUAUAACUGUGUUGUCAUUUACUUUAACCACGAAUUUCUAGUAACUCUAUAAUCAGAAUUGAUGAAGUAAUGAUAAAACUCUUCAGACCUGGAUGAGAAUGAGCAAAAACUUCUUUAUUGUAGACAAUCAGCCAUCCAUUCCAUUGAGCUCAAGAAAUCAAAUCACUAAGUCAAAAAGGAACAAAUGAAAACCCAAAAAGAGCAUUCACAUAUAAAACAAAAACUCAAAGUAUCAAAAGAAUGAAAAAGCUGCAGCACUCAAAAAUAGGUCCACCGUCUGAACUGCCCCACGAAAAGAACUGCGUACUUCCCCAUAAAAGUCCCCUCAAUAUAUACCCUGGUGCUUCUAAGCACCUCCUUCUUUAGUUCUGUCUUUGUCAGCAAAUUCCCAUUAUGUUUCGAGUUGUUCUCUGGGGCUCCGCCUAGUUAUUUACAUGUUUCUUCUGAAAUCCCCUUAUUUCCCCGAAUUGCCUCAUACGCCCUUUAGUGACUUCAUAUCCUGCCUUUCUGAAUUCCCCUUAUUUUCCAGCAUCAUCACCUGACCCUUACUCAUGUGCCCAAAUAUGGAUUUUCCUUCUUCCGUAGUUUCCUAUUGUUUUCGGCCUUUUUUCGUCAUUGUUAUUAAAAAAUGAGCUCAAGAGAGCUUUACUUCCUUAUUCUUAUCACAUUUAUCGCUCAACCUUUCAUGACAGACGUCUCGUGGAUUAGUCCUCUUGUCAGCUAUAAUGAAUUCUCAGCCUCAGGGUCAGCCAAUUCGUCCUGGUCACACCAUCUGGAUUUCUCGGUCUACUCCCUAUAGGAGGCCUGUUCCUGCUGAGGUCAUGACCAGCUAUCGCCGCUAUCAGCUGCGUCAUCUUACUCAGGAGUUCUGCUCCUUCCUGGAACAUCUAUAUUCCUCCCCACUUCCUGAGCAGCCUCUCUUGCUGUCUCACAUUGUACAGACACCUCUGACACAUACUUCUUCCACUCAAACCUCUCUGCCUCCCAUCCUGGUGGACCAAAGGACACAAACUGAUGGUUGUCCUCAUGCUGAACCCUGUUGCCCUAGGCUGACAACUCCUGCCUCUCCUCCUCGUACAUCCUCUCUCCCUGUUGCCUAUAUUCGCCCUUUGGCGGCUCCUACCUCUCCUUCUCGUCUCACAUCUCCUCCUUUUGGCUACAUUCACUCCCUUUCGUCCAGUCCAGCUUCCUCUCCCUCUUACUCUGAGCCUGGUUCCCCAGGCUUUGUUCCUUUCUCCCCUUCUCCUAGGCCUGGGUCCCCAGACUACACUCCUACCUCUCCCAGGCCUGAUAGCUCUGGAUCUCAUUACUUUUACUAAUUUUAUCUGUAAUAAACUCCUUCUCUCCUUUCUAUAGUUUCUGAGUGGUUCAUUUGUUUAUUAUAACAUUUACAUUUACCUUAUUAUGACAACUGGGCUCUUAUGCCCAUAUAUCUUAUGAUACCAACCAUAAUAAGCCUUGAUUAUGCUUCCUUGGGGCGUCUCUAGUAUAUCAAUCGAUUUUUCACAACAUCACUCCCCCCUUUGAGACUGUAAAGUCUCAACAAAACCUGUGCUGCAAAAUCAAAUACUAGUGCUAGCCAAACCGAAAUAUUAAAGCAAAGACCAAACGGAAAAGAAAAAUAAGCAAAACCAAAAACAAAAUGAAAAACAGAAA